AACGUCGCAAAAGCCCUUGAACAACAAACAAACGAGACGGUCGGACUGCCUGAACAGAAAGACACACAUUAUUAAUUCCCAGUGAAACUGCAAUAUAUUUAUUUUCACGUAUUUAUAGUACAGCUAGUGAAUAUUCAUUUUAGAUAAAAGUCGAACGAAUUGUUCAGGCGCUCGAGUUAAGCCCUCCCCCCCGUCCUCCAGCCCGUCAAGCUAUCGAGGGUGCUAGCUAGUACCAGCGCUAGUAUGUGUGAUCACACUGAAUAAUUUCACUUGUUUCUAUUACUUAAACUGCUCGAAAAGAAACAUUGACUAGUUUUUAGUGUACAGCAACGCCGACGGUAUGAAAAAACAAGAAGUUGAAGGGCGUCCACAGAAAAAGAGUGAUGGAGCUCAUCUUCAGCAAAGUGCCGAUUUGUCGUCGCCUGUCCUUGCCGCCUUCAAAGUCUUCCAGAAGGAGCUUGACACCAAACACGACAAAUACGAACGCCUUGUCAAGCUCAGUCGAGACGUCACCAUUGAGAGCAAGAGGACAAUUUUUCUUUUGCACAGAGUGACAAGUGUUCCAGAUGUCGAGGUGGUUUUGAAUGAGGCAGAUGGGAAACUGGAUGGCGUGAGACAGAAAAUUGGUCAAAUUGCUGAAGAGCUGAAAGGAGAGGAUAUCUUUCAGUUUCACAGAGCAUUCACUGCAGGAAUCCAGGAGUAUGUGGAAGCUGCCUCCUUCCAGCACUACAUCCGUCAUCGCAGCCUCAUCAGUCUGGAGCAGAUCAACGCCAGACUGGUGUUCAUGACAGGAGACAAGGUCUCUGCUGACACACUGCCAACGGGAGCUCAGGUCCUGACCUUCCAGGUGAUGCCGUCAGACUAUCUGCUGGGCAUAGCAGACCUGACGGGAGAGCUGAUGCGCCUUUGCAUUAGUAGCGUGGGCAACGGUGACAUCGACACGCCCUUCCAACUGAGCCAGUUCUUGCGCCAGAUCCACGAUGGUUUCACCUUCAUUGGGAACACUGGUCCUUAUGAGGUUUCCAAAAAGCUUCACACGCUGCGUCAGAGCCUGGGCAAAGUGGAGGACGCCUGCUACACCCUAAGAGUUCGUGGUUCUGAGAUUCCCAAACACAUGUUGGCUGACGUCUUCUCCAGUCGGAAUGCUCACAUGGACCCAGAGGAAGAUAAUCUAAGGUAGAACAUGUGACCUUUGUUCAGGCCCAUUCUAUGGCAGCCUUCUGACGCACAUGCACGCUCACACACGCAAAACAACCCCUGCAUGCUUGGCACGGAGCACCCCUUCCUGUUAUCUCAUCACCUAUAAGUCAUGUCACUUGUGUCUAUAGCUUUUGCUAUAUAAACUAUCAUGAAAUGUUGCAAA